CACAUGAUCUGAUAUGAGGCCAAGUUGAGCUGUCACCUCUGUCAUCACCUCAGACACCGCGUCUGCCAGACUGUCCGUCUCCCUGGAAGGAUGUUCCGUCUUGUAUUCCUCUCCGUCUGUCUCUCGCUGGGGCUCGGCGCCGCACCCAUCGCCGACACCAAGUACGGGCCGAUUCAGGGAGCUGAGACCGCCACCAAUGUCAUAUACCAUGGAGUGCCGUAUGCGCAGCCCCCUGUCGGUGCUCUCAGAUGGGCACCCCCAAAGGAACCUGCAUCAUGGGCCCCGUCCGUGUACACCGCCACCCAUAUUAAACCAGGCUGUCCACAGUUCAAGUGUGACGCCUUGGACCCCCCGAUGGUCUGCCCCCAAAUAACGUCUGAGGACUGCCUGUACUUGAACAUCUGGGCCCCUCUCGGCACCAACGCCACCUCCUCCCUCGCCGUCAUGGUCUACAUUCACGGCGGCAACUUCGUCCACAUGAGUGGUGGCAGCUUGUUGUACGACGGCAGCAUUCUAACCCAGAAAGGCGACAUCAUCCUGGUCAAUGUGGACUACCGGCUCGGUGCCCUUGGUUUCCUGGUAACUGGAAAAGGCGAGGGAGACGCCGUGGGGAACUACGGGAUCUUGGACCAGAGACAGGCCCUGAAGUGGGUCAGCGAGAACAUCAAGGCGUUUGGAGGCGACCCAAGCAGAGUGACUAUGUUUGGCCAGAGUGCUGGAGCGCAGUCCACAAUGAUUCACCUCGGCUCGGCAGAAAGCGGGGCGUAUUUCCGUAACGCCAUCAUAGAGAGCGCUCCCUUUGCCAUCCCAUACAAGACGUACCCAGAAGCUCUCCUCCUUGGAGCUCACAUGGCCAAACUCCUGAACUGCACCGCCAGGGACCUCGGCUGCCUCCGCCAGAGGAACAGCGCCGACAUCGCCUACGCCCAGUACCUCAGCAGGAACAAACUAUCCUCAUUAAAGUUACUGGAAGACUUCGAGCCGUGGGGUCCCUGGGUGGACGGCGUCAUCGUGACAGGGGAACCGGUUACUACCAUGGAUAAGGGACACUUCCAGAGAAAACCUAUAAUGUUGGGGACAACGUCUGAAGAGACUCGCCUCUACAUCUACGGCGCUUGGAACAAACCUGUAGACAACGUUCUUUACGAAGCUGCUGUAACAGCAACGCACCCUAACCACGCUAUAGCAAUCCUUCGCGAAUACCCUGCCAACUCCCCUCAAGACGAGAGGGACAACUUGGUCGCACUUGCAACGGACUAUGUCUUUGGUUGUCCCACACGGCACGUCACACACGAAAUUGUGAAGUACGGCAUUGCUGACGUAUGGCUGUACAUUUACGACCACGCGUUCUCCUUCCCUGGCUGGGGCAAUCUGACCUUCUGUCAAGGUUAUGUCUGCCAUGGGUCGGAAGUUCCGUUUGUAUUCCAGUCGGCUGGCAUUGGGGGGUUUAAGUACACCCCCGAAGAAUUGGUUCUUAGUGAUUUGGUUAUCAGUUACUGGUCAAACUUUGCCAAGACCGGUAACCCCCAAGGUGUGUCUGACACUGGGGCCAAGGUCAAGGCCGUCCCGGACUGGCCUCAGUAUCAUUCAGAGAACCAGUGGCCCUAUCAGCACUUCAAAACACCAUCUUCUUUCGUUGAUACAUAUUACAACGCACCCUUCUGUGACUUCUGGGAUAAAGUUGGAUAUAACAACUGACAUGUACGCAUGUUUAGUGUAAAAUAAAUUGAAGUUUUGAUAUUGUCACUA